AUGAUUUUUUGUUCGUCAAUCAUCAAAUUACCAUUGCCAACUUAUAAUAUAUCAGGAUCAUUCCAACCACCUGGACCUGCGUAUCUUGUAAUGCUUUCUUGUUAUCAAAGUAUAUUUAAGGUAGAUCCCUAUUUUAGCUGGAUAUCCCCUGUUGUUCUCCAACUGAUCUUGCAGAGAGCUUCCUACAAUAAAUACAGGAUAGCGCUAAAUUGGCAUGAACCUUCUAAGGGAAUUAGAGAAGGUGUUAACUUGCUCGCUCAGAUAAGAUAUUGCCAAAGUGCUGAAGUGAAAUUUAAUACAUCUAAAAGAGCUAUCGCAUCUAUUCAAAACGUCAUUGUUUGGGAUGGGAAUUGGAGUAUUAAAAGUAAAAGUUCAUUAGCGAAUUAA